AUGAUCCCAUAUCCACUCAACGUCGAGAUUCGCUCGUCGGCAGACCUCACCUCACACUAUCGGCAGUACCUUCGUGUACUUAACAACCGGACCUUCGACCUGUUGUCGCGCUUUGUGGCACGGCGGUGUGUUCACAACGGCCACCGCAUGAGCGCACAAGAGUACGCGCAGAUCAUCAAGCCCGGCGCAACAUUCUGCGCGGACGAGAUCGUGGCCGACAUCUCACAGCGCAGCAUUGCCGCUCGCUUGCAUAUCGAGUUCCUCUCGUAUCCUGAAAGCCUCAAGAAGGUUUGCUCGCGCGACUCGAACGGUAGCGACACACGCGAGGCGUCGCCAACAGGCAACCACGCACACUCCCCAACGCGCACGACCGGGCCGCGCCACGUCACCCGCCUCAACGAGCACGUCUUCUACCACUUUGACGAGAACUGGCGCAUCGACCGCGUGUGGAGCAUGCUCGAGGACGCCGUGACCAUUAGCCGAAUCGCGCCCCAUCCUCCAGACUCACCGCCGUAUAUAUAUUCCAGAUCAGUGUGUCCCGUUUCCGCCGGUCCAGUCAUACAGCAGUCUGCGUUGUAA